UUUCGAAUAACUCCUCCCCUCUUGAUCCCCUCUCCUCUCGCCGCCUCCUCUGCCACUCCGUCUGCUCCUCUCAUCCCGCGUGCUUGAAGCUGUCGGGAGACGUCCAACCAUGGCUGCUACUGGAUCUUUCCGUAUGGUGUCAGAGGAGGAGCAGGCCAUGAGGUCCAAGCUGGAGCAUUUGACAGUGAAGGAUCACGGGCCGGUGUUUGGGCCGUGCCAGAAGCUGCCCGGACACGCCGUGCAGAAGGCGAAGGAUGAGCUGACUGAGACGGAUGAGAGGCGGGCGUCGGCCCUGAAGGAGCUGCGGGCCGCGAUGAAGGAGAGAGCGGCGGAGGGGGACGAUCUGGCCAAACUGGUGCUGGACCAGUUUGGAGAGAAACCAGACUCUCUGAUGCUGCGCUUCCUCAGAGCUCGCAAGUUUGAGGUCGUCAGAGCGCACGAGCUCAUGAAGGGUUACGUGCGGUUCAGGAAGGAGUACCCCGAGCUCUUUGAGAACCUGACCCCGGAGGCCGUCCGCAGCACCAUCGAGGCCGGGUACCCCGUGGUUCUGCCCAGCAGGGACAAAUACGGCCGCGUGGUGCUGCUCUUCAACAUCGAAAACUGGGACCUGGAGGAGAUCACGUUCGACGAGAUCCUGAGAGCGUACUGCGUGAUCCUGGAGAAAUUGCUGGAGAACGAAGAAACCCAGAUCAACGGCUUCGUCCUGAUUGAGAAUUUCAAGGGCUUCACCAUGCAGCACGCCUCAGGAAUCAAACCCGCUGAGCUCAAGAAGAUGGUCGACAUGCUGCAGGACUCCUUUCCCGCCCGCUUCAAGGCCGUCCACGUUACCCACCAGCCCUGGUACUUCACCACCACGUACAACGUGGUCAAACCCUUCAUGAAGAGCAAGCUGCUGGAGAGGGUCUUUGUCCACGGGGACGAGCUGAUCAACUACUUCAAAGAAUUUGACGCGGACUUCCUGCCGGAAGAUUUCGACGGAAAGGCGUCCGUUGCAGACUGUCAGGCCAUCGCCACCAAGCUUUUUGGCUCUGAGGACACUGCUCUCUGAAAGUAGAGCCAUCUCCGACCCAAGUUCUAGUGUCUUUCACCGUAGAUACUUAAGAUCCGGUCUAUUUUUUAUCUAGAUUGUGUUUUUAUUCGGCCAGUUGUUACAAGCAAAAAUAAGUACGGAGCAGGGGAUGGGUGGAAAAUGAUAAAAAAGGGUGUUUAGAGGGUAGAAAGAGAAUUAUUGGUGGUUAAAGUGUGUUUCUUCAACGCGCUGAUAUGUCUUGUCACUUUACAAGCAGAGGGAAAGUGAGAGUAGAUAAUGUGUCAGUUUGGCAUUAUUUGCCUUAAAAUGUAAUUCUCCACCGCACAUAGCAGCCUUUUGCCAGUUGAUUUGGUAGAAUGAGAGCACAGGCGUUUCUGUCUCAGGGGUUUAGGGAGAUGUUAAGAGGGAGAAGCUUGUUUUAGGAGCAGUGUGUCAUGUAAGACAGAUUCCAUUGGGCAAUUUGCACUGGAUUAAAUUGUUUUUUUUUUGUUCAUCCAUA